AUGAACCCGUCCUUUCAUCAAAAUUUUAUCAAUUCUAGGCAAAUCUCGAACUUUUGCUCAGCUAGCAUCCGCUCAAAUGCAUAUAUAAUGCAUGGUCAUCUAUGAUUCGAAUCAAGACGCUCUUGAUAAACCGAAUGUGUAGCUUGUCAGCUCUCGGACUCUUAGGACGAUUUGACCCUUUCUCUGAGCAGGGGUCCAAGGGAGAUACCUUGAAAACAUGAGUCUGAAGAAGCCUCUGCCAUCGAUUUACCAAAAAUAUGAAUACUCCAACGAGGUCACGGCAAAAAUCCUGCGAGCAAUGUGCCAACUCGAAGCGGCAAUGCGAUCGAGGUAGCCCAAAGUGUUCGCGCUGCACCUCAAAAGAUCUCCGCUGCCUGUACAAGUCCACUCCGCGCCAUCAUUCUGCGGAGACGGACAUUUUGGCCCCUUUGCCCAAUGGCCAAUUUACCGGGAACUUCCAACCUGGUAGUAGCAAUACACAGGUUCCUCCUUUGGACAACAUGUUCGUUGAGCAGCCUGGCUUUCAGGACGUCUCAAUGCCCUUGCUCCCUGGGGUACGGGAUCCCUACGACUGCGAACUGGGGGUUAUGGACCGCUCGAGAAUCCGCUUCCUCAUCCGCCAAAUGAAAACUUACCCCACUCUCCUCGUACAAAAUGGCAAAGCGCCUUUCAUUCAUCCCCAAGCAAGCCACGCAUGGCCGUUAAUUCCCUCGCCACUGCAAGAUGCGAUCGCAGCGUCUGCGCUGUACCUAAGUAAAAACGAGAAAAAUGAAGCUAUCAUGUGGGAUAUCGUCUCGGCGAAAGUGGCGGUUCUGAUGGAGGCACGAGCCUCAUGGAGUGUUGCAGAGCACUUGACAUGUCUUCAGGCUUUGGUAAUCUACCAGAUCAUCCGUCUUUUUGAUGGAGAUAUCCGUGCUCGUGCAGAUGCGGAAGCGAGUGAGAAUACACUUGUUGACUGGACCGAUCGUCUCGUUGCCCGGACAGGCGCCAACAUUUCACCGGAAACUGCUGUAUCCAACUCCUGGGAAAAUUGGGUCUUCGAAGAAGCAGUUUCGAGAACGGUCAUUGUCUCAAGGAUGGUGCAGGCAAUGUUCAUGAUUGUGAAGCAAGGCUUUUGUACGCUGGUUGAAGCAGUGACUGAAAUGUCGUUCACUGCCCAGAAAGCGCUGUGGUACGCUCCUACUGCUGUGCACUGG